AUGCCUGCUGGUCUUUCUGCGGUGGCCAUGAGUUAUACCAUCUCCAAAGACAAUACUGCGGGAGAUUCAUUCCGGCACGAUUGUCUUCUUGAAGAAUGGGGCCAGAAAAAGCAGCGGCACAGUUCACAACGACAAUCCCGCAUGCGACAGACGGGGUCUCUGCAUCGAAUGACUCCCGCAGAACUUACCUAUCAAGGAGAAAAUGAGCAUAUGAUGCGUAGCAGACUGGAAAUAAAUCCCGAAGAACAGCCUCUCGCGGACGAUAAUGGCCAGCAUUUCUCAGAUCUUUCCUUAGAUCAACAGCAAAUUGACUCUGGCGAUGACGAUGCACGCGCCGCAGAACUCCGGGAGAGUAAACGAUGGGAGCGUAUGAGGAAUCGUAUGAGGACGCAGGAGGCUGCCGACGAGGCUGCCGACAGGGCUGCCAAAUUGGAUGCCAGAAGGGCUGCUGAAGUGAAGGAAAUGCGCCGCCAACAGCGAAAGGCCUUGGAGAUGGCCGAGGAAGAGCGGAUGCUCGCGGCCAGAAACAACGACACGACAAUGGAUGCUCCUGAUUACUAUGAUAACGAUGAUAGUGCUAGUUUGGGGCCUUAUUCUCUGCGUGAUUCUCUUUACGCGGCCGCCCGUCCCACGCCUCAAUCCGAUACGGAGUACUCAACUCUUACCAGCACACCGCCCUUCAGCACGCCGCCCGAGAUCCGCGAGGUUGUGCGCCCGCCUCCAGCAUUCGAAAGGUCUCAAACUUCCCCCUUUGACGAUGAUAUCGAUCUGAGCCGUGGCGCGUCACAGGUUGACAAUGCCGGCAUUCCGUUGUCAUUCCCUGAGCGCGCGCAAUCACGUGGUUCUCCUGACCCUAUUGACUUCCUGAGUCUUUCAAGGGCUGCUAGACGAGACCAGGAGCGGCAGCUUAGCGAAGGGUGGAACUCCCAAGACGACUAUGAAGACGACGAUGAAGCCGACUAUGGACUCCUAUAUAGUGGAUAUCAGGACUCUGGAAACUAUCCUCCUCCUCGCAGGCGUUACCGAACCGGGACGAGGGAAGCACUCCCUCUCUACUAUAAUCAGCAACGCUCGACGCGACCCCUGGAUAGUUCUUACUACGUCCGCGAAUCGUUGUCCAGUGGACCUAGAUUCGAUACUGAGGUCAAGACCUCCACAGUCUACACCGCGAAGGAUGUUAAGUACAGCAAUAUUCCCCACAGAUAUCGAGACUCCGACUUCGCCUACUAG